GAGUUUGGAGUUUGGAGUCUGCCCGUUCUCGUUUCCGCUUCUGUCCAUUGUAUAAGAUAUUUUCGUAAUAAAUUCUUCUAACCGGUCGCACGCAAAAUCGUCGACCCACGAAUCCAUGAUCGAAAUAGCGUGAUAAUAACAACAAUAAUAAUAAUUCGAAAAAAAUACCGGUGAUAUAAAAUAUUCGUGAUAUGCUUAAUGAAGUAGUUGAAAAUCAUAUGCUAUUGAUUGGGUGUCUGAUUGGUUAAGCCGAGUGUUUAAUGCAAGCAUGGCCGCCCUACCGUCACCUACGCAGGUGGCUGGAAGCCAUAGUGCGAUCUACGAAGCUUAUUACAAUCAGGUUGAUCCGAAUGGAUAUGGACAAAUCGAAGCAAUGGAUGCUGCUAGAUUUCUAAAGAAAUCUCAGCUCAGCGAUGUGAUUCUCAGCAAAAUAUGGGACAUGGCGGAUCCACAAUCACGUGGUUUCUUAGAUAAGUCUGGCCUCUUUGUAGCUUUAAAACUGUGCGCAUUAGCUCAGACAGGAAAGGACUUGAAUAUGUCUAAUUUAAGUCUUGAAUUGCCGCCACCAAAAAUGGGAGACAUUCCAGUUAUUCCUCAGAAAACUAUUACUAACGCUCUACCAGUGAUAAAAUCUAUCAACAAUGGAGAUUGGUCGAUUAAUCCUACAGAACGGGCAAAAUACGAUCAACUUUUUGAUAGCUUACAGCCAUCUAAUGGAUAUAUUUCUGGAAAUAAAGUAAAAGGUGUUCUUAUGGAUAGCAAACUUCCUUUAGAUACUCUUGGAAAAAUUUGGGACUUGGCAGAUAUGGACAAGGAUGGUAUGCUGGAUAGACAUGAAUUUGUAGUUGCCAUGCAUCUUGUAUAUAAAGCAUUGGAAAAAUAUGCGAUACCAAGUGUACUUCCACCAGAAUUAAUGCCACCCGGUAAGAGAAAAGAGAUUCCUAAGGCUAAAUCUCCUGUACCAAUGGGCAUUGUAGCUUCAGCAUCACCAUCCUCGCAACCACCACCAAUCCCACCUUUACCAAAUGCGACGGCUGUAAAGAACCUGACUGGAUUAGACACUAUAAAAACAGGCGCACGGCAAUGGGUUGUUUCGAUCGAGGAUCAAAUAGUGGCGGAGAAGUUGUUUUUACAAGCUGAUCUAGAUAGGGAUGGAUUUGUCUCUGGCUUGGAAAUCAAAGACGUCUUCCUACAAAGUGGACUUCCGAAUACUGUAUUAGCGCAUAUAUGGAGUUUAUGUGAUAUUUCUCAAAGCGGAAAGCUGAAUAAGGAACAAUUUGCCUUAGCUAUGUGGUUUAUUAAGCAAAAGCUCAAUGGCAUGGACUCUCCGAUGAGUUUAACUCCUGAAAUGAUACCACCUUCUAUGCGAAAAGUUGGAGAAACCAUUGUGGAAAACAAUAACAUAUCAGGUUACUCAAAUCCAGAGCUAGAUAUGAUAAGUAAAGAUAUAGCAGAGCUUGUGCGCGAAAGGCAAAAUAUGGAACAGGAUAUAGCGCAAAAGGAGGCAGAUAUUAAGAUAAAGAACGGAGAGAUCAAGAGUCUUCAAAGUGAAUUGGACACACUUGCGGCGACCUUGAAACAGCUGGGAAAUCAAAAGGGUGAGGCGCAGAAGAGAUUAAAUGACUUGAAAGCGCAGAAGGCUGAAAUAGAUAGAGAUUUGAGUGAAAUCGAAGAGAAGAUACAGGAAGAACUGAAAAAGGUCGACAAGCUCCGUCAACAAGCUGAAGAGCAGGAGUUGGUUUUAAAAGUUCAAGAAGAUGAGUUGAACCUUAAGAGGCAAGAACUUGAGGGAUUGCGGCAAGAGGAACAGCAAUUGGAACAGCAACAGAAUAAAAACAGGGACCAACUGAACGAGCUGACGAAAAAGUUGCAGGACACUCAGUUAGAGAUCUGUCAGGCGAAGGCGAAGAUCACUGAUCUGCAGGAGCAGCAACGUCAAAUGAGCGAUGUCAUCGCACUUUAUGAUUCUGCACUUGCUUCGGGAAAUCCUGAUCUUGUACCUGAUACUAGUCUACGAUUUGUACCCGAGAUCGAAGAUAUAGAGUACGAAACAACAAAAGAUACAGACGAAAUAAAGAAAGCGAAAGCUGACGCUUUCUCUGAUGGAACCGGAACUGCUACUUUAGAUGGAUUUGGAGAUCAAGAUCCUUUUGCAACGAAUAAAGCCAAAGAAGCAUUUAGCACAUUAACAUCUGAUCCAUUUGAAAGUGCAUUCACUGCACAGCCAUCUAACGGUAAUUUCACAACGGAUCCUUUUACCGCAUUUGACAAUACUGGUGCGGCUACAAAACAAGAUCCGUUUGAUCCGUUUGGUAGCGGAAAGCGAGCCGAAAAUAAAACACCUGUAAUUGCGACAAACACGAAGGAUCCAUUCGGCGAUGAUCCUUUUGCGAAUCUUCACGCGCCUACGCGUCCCGAAAGCCCUAGUCCUGCUCUUCCACCGAAGAAGGCGAAGCAACCACCUCCGCGACCAGCCCCGCCACGACCUAGUCAAGGUCCUACUGGUCCGUUAAGGGCCGCGCCAGCCCCUCCAACGCCUUCGCCUACACCGGAUCCAUUUGCGAAUGCGAAUUCGGAUCCAUUUAGUGUUCAGCAAACGACGAUUGAUAACAAUAAUAGUUUCACAUCCUCAACCGGAUUUGCUGAUUUUUCCAAUUUCGAUUCUAAGCCAGAACCGGCGCCUAAUCGGACCGCCUCGUCGAGACCAACAGAUAAAACGCGCGUAGCGCUGGCGCAGCUGAAGCUGUCGGACUUCACGGAGGAUCCUUUCCGAGACUAUCGUUACGAGGACCCCUUCAAUAUAGCGGACCCGUUCGCCGACGAGACGACGGAGGACCUGAAUGCGAACAAGGACGGGGUGGAUCAGCAUCAGACCAGGACGGAUCAGCUCUUUGAUUUCGGGACAAAUAAAAAUGUCAAAGCAGCCUUUGACGGCGACUUCACGAGCACCUUUCCGCUGGCCAAUAGAUUCAAGAUCAACAAAUUCGACGUCGACUUCGGGAAGGCGUUCUCCACUGACAACAGAAACGUCCGGGGCAACGAGACCGAUUUUCCCCAGAUGUUCGCCAAGGUUAAGACGCGAACGAUCGAUCUCGACGAAGCGUUCUCCGCUAAGAAAACUAUUAUCACGAAGCACGAGUCUAAUAUUUACAACAACGACGAGGUGAAGCCCGCGAAUAAUAAUUUCGGCAGGAUUUGGAACGGGAACAACGUGACCGAGCUGACGGAGGAGGAGCAACUGGUCUGGGCAGCGAAGCAGAGUAUAAAAGCGGAGGAGGAGAGGCUUAGGCUUAAAGAGAAGGAAGACGCCGAAUUGGCCCUGGCCAUCGAACUGAGUCAGCAAGGAAAACGGGGAAACGUUUGAGCGCUUCGGUAUUAAAGCUACACUAUUUCUUUGUAUUACAUCUCGUGAAAAUCUCGUUAAAUUGCAUGAUAAAGUUUUGCAUCUUGUAAUAAAGCUUGCACUAUUGUGUAUUAGCAUCACGUAUAUAUAUAUAUAUAUAUAUAUAUAUAUAUAUAUAAAAGCGAAAUGUAGAAUUGCAGGCUAUCAGAUUGACAAUAAAAAAAAACGUUGGAUAUAAACAUUUAAAAAAAUAUAUCCAAGAAAAGAGGAAAAAGUUAUUAUGGGUGUUAGCCAGAGUUUAUUUUUGGUUUUAAAUAUUAUUUGUCAUCAUUAUUAUUAUCAAAAUCUUCCCAAAUUGACGUCAAAAUGAUGUAUGCUUGGGU